AUGAUCAAGCAGGCGUCGUGGUCCCAGAGUUCAGCGAGCGAAGGGCCACAUGGGGGCAUCGGGGAAUACGCGAUCUACAUGAAGAAAGCCAUGACGCAAUUGCAGAUCACGGCCUGCCACAUGGAAGCGUCACGGGCGGUGACGGACAUCAAGGUUGAGGAGCUCACCGCGAUGAAAGAAAAGCUGGACAUGCACCUCGUGAUCGUGGAGCAGGGUCGCACGUCCACCACCGACGAGAGGAUGGCCAAGUGCGAGAUGAUCAGGUCAUUCGUGGGCGACGGCGACAGCAGCCAGAAUAAUGCGGGCCAGCGCGAGCGCAAGUGGACGAAAGACCCGUCUAAGUGCAUCGACUACGACAAGCUCGACAUGGACAACCCCGAG